AUGAACGAGGCAAUACAAAAGAUUAGGGCCCGAAUGUUAACGGCUCAAAGUAGGCAGAAGAGUUACGCUGAUGUUAGGCGUAAGGAUCUAGAGUUUGAGGUAGGUGAAAAGGUGUUUCUGAAAGUGGCACCUAUGAAGGGAGUGUUGAGGUUUGGCAAGAGAGCCUACCGGCUGGCCUUGAUCCCAUCUCUUUCUACAAUUCACAAUGUUUUUCAUGUUUCCAUGUUGAGGAAGUACAUAGCAGACUCAUCUCAUGUUGUGGAUUAUGAGCUUUUUCAUUUAAAUGAGAACCUGAGCUACGAAGAGGAGCCCAUUCGAAUCCUGGCCAGGGAAGUGAAAGUUUUGCGCAACAAGAAGAUAGUUUUGGUGAAGGUUCUUUGGCAGAAUCACCAGUUCGAGGAAGCAAUGUGGGAGCGCGAAGACGACAUGGGGUGCAUUAUCCCGAGCUUUUUCAGGAUUAGAACUUCGAGGACGAAAAUGUCUUAA